GCUCCAACCAUCACUGGCAAUCAUGCCCCCCCUACGCCCCUCUGCUGCACCAGAUCCCCUACCCUUUGCCCGGCCUUGCUUCCUGCACCAGCCUUGCUCUGCGCCCCAAUCCCAUGCCCUUGCCUUCUGCACGCUACAGCCAUACAGACAAAAACAAAAUUGGCAUCAUUGGUGAUUGACAAAACAAGCCCUUUUUUUAUUUCAUUUUUAUUUUUAUUUUUAUCAUUUUGGGUGUAUAUAUAGAGCAAAAGCAGAGUAGAGGGGGGUCGGUGGUUGGAGAGUUUUUGGAGUUUGAUUUAGGGGGGUCUUUAGGUUGAUGGUGGAGUUUUGAGUUUGAUUUUGGUGGAUUUUGGCAGUUUGAUUUUGAGGGGAUUGAUUUUUCUUUCUUGGUUGAUUCUGGGGCUCUUUGGUUUUGAGUUUUGGUGUUGACGGCAAAGAAAAGAGAGGGGUUUCGACUAGAAGGAAAGCAGCAGCUUGAGAGGAGAUCGUUAAGCUCUUAAAGAAGUGACUGUUUUUGGAAGCUGCGUUUCUGGAUUUGUCUUUGCUUUAGGUAUUUUCCUCAACAGAGGAGUCCUUUUUGGGGAGGCACUGAGGGGAAUGAUCUGGGCUUGAUCCCGUGGGUGGGAUCCCCCAGAUCGGACUCCGGUCUGUUACCCAGAAAGCUCCGCUGUGUUUGUUUCUUUUAUCCUCCUGUUUCUGUUAUCUGCUUUCAUGAUGUUAAGUUUGUAUAUGUUUACCUGAAAAUGAAUGAGAAUCUAUGUUUAACUAAUUAAUGGAAUGUUAGUUACAAGAGAUUUGAUCUGGAGAUUUUGAGGUUAAGUCAUGUGGACAUAGAAAAGAAAUUUUGAAAUAUCCGAUCUGAGUUACGGGAUUGUCAGACGUGAAUUGGAUAAGUUUCAAGCCUUGUGCAUUUGUGGGACCCGUCUCACGAGUGCACGGCGUCUGUCGCGCCUCGAAUUUGGGUUUUGGGGCGUGACAGAUUUAGUGGUAUCAGAGCUUAGGUUUGAUUAAGAUUUUGUGAUGUGAGAGCCUAGGUUUAAGUGAAUACCUAGGAUAUGUUUUGAACUUGGCUAGUUAAUGGAUUUAGAACCGUGGUGAGACGAGUGAUGGGGUUAUACAAGGGACGAUUCUGGUUUAGGUUGCCUGAAUUUUCUGAUCUGCUUUGAUGAGAUAGUAAUUCAGUUAGUUCCUGUUAUCUGCCGUUGGUGAGCAUUUUUGAAAUUAAUCUUGCUCACUAUGCUCUUAGGACUUUGUUUGAAACUUGGUCCUUUGUGAUAGUAUGCUUGGUUUUGGUUGUGGUAGGAUGUAUAAAGCCUUCCACAUUAGCCCUGUAUCUUGUGAUUGAUUUCCUUGUGAUAGUUGUGUUUGAUAUUAGAGUAGUGCAGCGGAAGCGUAGUAAGCCAUAUUCUGAUCAUAGAAAGUCGGUGAGGCGUUUGUUUUGUCUUAGAUUGUGUGAAGCCAUUCACCAAUCGAAAUGGUCCUCAAUUUGAGUUUUGGGGACAAAACUCCUUUUUAUGAGGGGGGGAUGUAAUAUCCCAAAAUUUUGGGGUAUUUUAGCAUUAAAGUGGGGACUUAUUU